AGUGGUGGUGUUGCACGUGCGAGUGUAUUAUGGCGGUUCUGUUGAAAGUGGAGUCGAGAGGUGGAAGUGGUUGAGUGGAGCCUUUCACCCGAAUCACCACCACAUUUCUUUAUUAAACACCAUUCGAGGAUUUAGACACUCGACGACGACAACAUCUCAUAGAACAACGAGAAAUUCACCAUGCAUCCUGGAAGCACCCCUCACAAUGUGAGUAGUGUGCUGAGCUUCCAGCAAGCCACAUCUACCAAUCUCCAAUUGGCAUGCAGCACACAAAGAUAUCCGUUACAUGGAGGAAUAUCCAAAGAUGGUAAAGUUUGUUGGCUAUACAGUGGCUCCAUACUUGAGGUGGUAUCUUGUAACACAAGGAAUUGCCUGGCAGCCUGGAAUUUUGGUAAUUUUUCACAUGAUGCUGAAACCAUUAUUCAAUGUGUGAGUGAAUUCUGGACUGGUGAUUCUUUGAAACUGUUGGUUGGUUUGAAAACCGGUUCCACCAGCAGUAAUGGUCUGCUGUGUGUGCUCCAUAUUGGCCUCUCAAAAGUGGUAAAAGCUAUUGAAAUCCCUUUCCCGGUUACAAGUGUUGAAUGUGUAACGAGUUUACUUGGUAACGACUUCCUCGUUUGGUCAUUCAGUGAACAACUCAGUUGCUUUUAUGGCAUCAUUGCUGCCGGAACCGAAGGUGGACAUGUUUAUUUAAUUGAUAUGUGUUUAGAUACCUAUGAUUUGUCUGACGAGACAUUCCCCAACAGCUUGUAUUACAUCACACCUGAAACAGAUGCCGUACAGGCCCGACAUGAAGCACUUUCUCAAAGACAGGUCCUCUCUAUGGAAUUGGGGACUGAGGCUUUUAGUGAUGAUGACCUGUUUAAUUACCAAGGGAAUGAUGAAAACGUUGUCAAGCAAUUCAAUACAGAUGAUAUAUGUGUAACUUGUCUCAAAUAUAUGUCACGCAAUGGCCUCUUGGCAGUUGGUUUUAGUUUUGGAUGUUUCCAGUUGUGGCGGCUUGCAGUGCCAUUCUUGGAAUACAGUAGCCACGUAGAUGACUCUGGAGAUGCACCCAUAACACAUAUUACUUACCAAGAGCCGGAAAACGAUCCAAAGUUUUUCACUUACAUUUGGGUCGCCCGUGGACUCCAAGCUUUCGCUUCUGACAAUGGUUAUGUGGCAAAUAUUUCUCUCUACCAACUCACUUUUAACAAGAGAGUGUGGCAAGCCAAUGAGGAGUAUUUCUAUGAAGAGAUGACCUCUAUUGGAAUACGCUUGGAACAUAACCUUUCCUGUGAUCCUUUGAUGCCCUCAAAGACAUUUUCGAGUAAUGUGAUCAGUUGCUUUACCCUGGAGGAUCCAGACUUUGUCCCCUCCCGAAUCUUUGAUGGCAGCCAUGAAGAAGUUUGUUCCAGUCCUGACUUAAGCCUAAGUGUAUUUGUGUGGAGGGCAAUUGAUGGCUCCAAGAAUGGUACCACAUCAUACCAUCUGAGUAUAUUCGAUAUGAAUCGAUGGUACCACUUACAAAUGCCUUCUACCCUCAGGACUUUACGUAGCUCUGGUGUUUGUCCCUUCAUGGCCUUUUGUUCCCUUGAUGAAGUUGUUGACUCUACAGUUGAUGAUGAGCUUCUGAAUAUUUAUAUAAACCCAUCAACGGUUCGGAAAUUUAUUUGUGACCCCCUGGCUGCACAAGAGCAGUUUUUCUAUCCCGCAUCUCUUCAGUUUGAUGUUCUUUGUCUGAUGGAAAGUGGUUUACUCAGUGCAAAAUACCUUGGAAUGCAGCGUCAGGUUUUGAACACCAUCCAGAAGUUGGGUCCUUCCUGUUUGAUCGAACCAACUGAAGUAUACAAAAUGUGUUUGUUUGUUGGUUUAGUACAUCGAUCCCAGGAGAAUGCCCCACAGAGUUUCUCAAUUGUGGGUUUCCAGAGAGAAGCUUUGCUUUCUUUGUGUCUGGAGUACCACAUGGUAAACGUGAUCCUGAAGUGUAUCGAUGAAUGGGCUGAAGGAGAAUUCACCGCCCAAAAGUGUACCUUGAAAUAUUUACUCGAUUGGAGUUGGAACAAAGUGGUUCAAAUCAAGGAAGCUAUAGACAGUAAUACAAAACACUUCUUCGACUGGUCUGGUCUCCCAAUAGAUGACACAUGUAUCCAGGGUUUGCACCGAUGUUUACAGAAGUUCACCUACUUAGCUCAGAUAUUCCACAAGUUUAUUGCAAGUUCUGUGCCCACCACAGAGAAUGGGAUUGAAGAACUCAAACAGAAACUUGAUGCCUUACAACUUCUGUCUCAUCACUUGAAAGCUGUGAUAUGGUUUGUUGAAGCUGGUCUUCUGCCAGAGAAUGAUGAAUUAGCAAAUGAUACCCCUGGUCUCUAUAAAUACCCUCGGCUGAACCUGUUCGAAGAAUUCUCAAAACGUCGCAGUGAGAUAAAGCAAUUAAACAGUGACUUAAAGCCUAACGAGUUACUAAUGAUAGACGGUUUAAUUGCUAAUAUGGCGCCGUCUGUCUGUGAUGUCUGGAAGCAAGAUGGAGGAGAUGAAUUGUACCCACCACCAAGCAUAAGUGCAUUACUCUAUAUUUACCUGCUGGAAGAUGUUUCAUUGAUCACCAAGCAUUGUGUAGUUGGAUAUUUCUUUUUAGAUUUAGCCUCACUGGGAGAGGAAGACAACUCAAAGUUGGCUGCUAAAGUAACUGCUUUCUCCCAGAUCUUCUCUGUGCCAACAGAAACCAUGAACCUUAUUACGGGGUUCUGGUUUCUUGACCACAAGGACUUUGAGGUUGCUUUCUACUCUUUGGCAAAAUCCUCCGUUUUUGGCCAAUGGCAGCAUCGACAAGUGAUAAAAUCUCUCUUGUAUCAAGAAGAAUAUAAACUGGCCCUACAGUACCUGGCUGUUAAAAAGCCUCCUCUGUCGUCUCCAGAGGAAAUCAAGCUAAAGCUCACUACGUUUCUGUUCAAUGGAAUGACGGCCCAAGCUGUCGAAUUUUACCGUUCUUGUUGUAACCAAACAAAUGCUGAAGACCUCAUCAGUCACAUCUUUCUUGGCUGCCAACAAAGGAAAAUCUUGGGUCAACUAAUGAAGCUGCCACUGACCGAGGCUGAAGAGAAGUGGUUGGAGAACUACCUAAUGGCUAGCCCAGAGUUAAAUUCCAAAGAGGCAUUAGUUGUGUAUUAUCUGCAACGGGCCCGCUAUGUUGAUGCUAUAAGACUCAAUGAGAAAUUGAAAUCCAAAGACAUGUCAUCAUUGUCAGAAAGGGAGAAAAAUAUGACAUCAACUCGUAACAUUAUUGUUAGAAAUUGCCUGAAGCUGCUGCCAGAGAUCCAGCGCCAGUAUCUUCAUGAAUCGAACUUAAUACCAAAGAAGAGAAUCAAUCGUGUGACGCGUCCGAAACCUCUGUCCACAGUAGUGACCAAGUCCACUGGUCCUAGGGUAAUGUCGCAGUCAACCCUGAUCUUGGCAAUAAUGGAGAAGAUGGAUGAAGUUGAGCGAUUAAACAACUCUGCUAAUGACAGCAGGUCUUUUGGUGAAGAAUCAUUCCAGGACAUUGCUGUACCUUUUAUUUCAGCACCAUUCACACCUCAAAAGACUGCAUUACCAAAUUUUUCCCGAUUCGCUUCAGAGAAAAGCCUGAUGAAGGACACCACUUCCUCACAGUCUGCGUCCAAACAUAAAAGUAUUCUGUUGUCUCAGAAAUAUACUUCGGCUCGAGAUGAACAUUUUGGUUACUUGGAACAACCUGCAAGACGAAAACCGAAAUACGUGAGUGCUGAAGCCCUGUCUGUCCUUCAGACCCCUGUCAUCCAGAGGAAGAGUACACUGCAGUCCAAAAUGACCAGUCCUCGCCCGACCCCACAGUCCAUAUUGAAAGUGCGACAAAUGUCUGCAAGGUCACCCAGCUUCAAUAUGUCGAGGUCGAUGGACAAAGAUUCUCCUGGUCUGCGAAAUUCAGGGCGUUCCUCUCAAUCAGCUGCAAACAACUCUUUAUUGUUAACACCAACUGCAACAUCAGUUAAGAGGACCAGCAAGUCCCUUCGAUUUGCUGAGCCAGCUUCCAGAAAUUUCUCUCCAAAUUCUUCCAACGGUUCUUAUACAUCAAUGUCAGCAUUGUUAUCAAAGACGGCUCCCAGAACAGAAAUAUCUGCUGCUGAUCGACAUCAGGUGAUGGACAACAUAUUGGCUUUGCUGGACAACAACAAUGUUGAAGCUGGUCGAGAGGUGACAGAGAUGGACACAGAUGGUGUGGAGGAGGAGGAGGAGGAAGAAGAGGAGGACACCGGUUCUUUCAUUGAAGAGGAGGAAGAUGACGACUACGAGGAAGAACACAGGCGCAAAAUGCAUGUUGAUGAUGAUGAUGAUGAAGAAGAAGAAGAAAGCGGGCUGUUGAGAAGGUGGUGGCGGCAGAAGUGGCACGGGUUUUAGCUGAAGUCAGGAAAGUGAAGAGACAGGAAGAAGAG